UACUCGUCAGUGUGCAAGGACGUCAGUUCAUAUAUGUACCAAGUUUGUGCAAGAGGAACGGGCUCCAUCGGUAGCAGGUGGAUAGCCCAACUCGAGAGUGAUGGACGGCCUGCGCGAGAUGGCGGGGGGGCAGGGCUGGCAUGGGUCUGGAGAGGACGGCAUGAGCAAUCCCGCGCCCGUGCCUCGCCUUCGCCCGUUUUCCGUCGGAGAGUAACCGGAGGGGAAGAAGAGACGAAAGAAUCCGACAGUCCCCAACAGGAUGGAAACGACGGAGACUUGAGUAGAGACAUGGUUGAUCAAGACGAAGAAGACGACGAGGAGAUGGAGGAACUUAUCCGGGCGGUCACCGGGGUCGAGGGGAUAGACGACGAGGAGGAGGGCGGUGAUAACGAAGGAGGAGAGCCUCGUGUUUCAGAAGACGACCAAAAGACCUAUGAAGCUCUGACCAAGGCCAUCAUGGAUAGGCGGCCCAGGAGCGGGGUGGCGGAGUUGGUGGGGAAAUCGGUCACGGGUGGCUGGUUGGGGCAAAGGGAUCACAUGAAAGAAGUAUCGUGAAAGUGCUCGAGGUGGAGGCUGUGCGUUCCGCGAUUCGUCGAUGGCGGGAUUUCCUCGUUGCAUUGCUGGUGG